AUGGAUUUGCAGCAACCCUCCCCUCCCUCAUCUCCUUCAUCUUCUCCUUCUUCCUCCCCUCUCCGAAUCCCUCUUCCCUCCAAAACAUCCGCACCUUCCGUCAAUCCCACCCUUCGGAAUCUCCACAAACCCAUCGAUCCUGUCCAGCAUGCCGUCACCUUCAACCCCACCUACGAUCAGCUCUGGGCUCCCAUCUACGGCCCACCCCACCCCUUCGCCAAAGAUGGCAUCGUCCAGGGCAUGUGCAACCACAAGCUCGGCUUCGUUGAGAAUGCUGCAAUCGAGCCGUUUGUCUUUGACGAGCAGUACAACACUUUCCACAAGUACGGGUACGCCGCCUAUCCAUCUGCCUCCGCCUGCUAUAAUUACGUCGGUGACCUUGAUGCCCUGUGGGAGAACGACGCUAUCUCGGUGUAUAACAUCCCACAGCACGAGCAGAAGAAACAGAAGCUUAAGAAGAAGGCGUUGGAGAGUGAGGAGAAUGAGGAUGCCGAAGUAGGGCCCAGCGUUGAAAACCCUACAUCGCAGGAGUGGCUGAUGAAGAAUCGGAAGAGCCCGUGGGCUGGGAAGAAGGAAAGAGUGCAGAUAGAGCUUACCGAGGAGCAAAAGAAGUACGCAGAAGAGUAUGCUGAGAAGAAUGCUGAGAAGAAGGCUGAGAAGGAGAGAGGUGGGGGCAGGGACAAGCCCGAAUUUGCUGACAAGAGCACUUUCCACGGGAAAGAGGAGCACGACUAUCAGGGGCGGUCGUGGAUUGCUCCCCCGAAAGACGCGAAAGCCACAAACGAUCAUUGCUACAUUCCCAAGCGGUGGGUCCACACGUGGAGUGGGCACACAAAGGGUGUCUCGGCAAUCCGGUUCUUCCCAAAGCAUGGGCAUCUUCUCCUCUCAGCAGGCAUGGAUACAAAGGUCAAGAUCUGGGAUGUAUUCAAUUCAGGCAAGUGUAUGCGUACUUACAUGGGUCACUCGAAGGCGGUCCGUGAUAUCUCCUUCUCGAAUGACGGGACCAAGUUCUUGAGUGCCGGCUAUGACAAGAACAUCAAGUAUUGGGAUACAGAGACAGGGAAGGUGAUCUCGACUUUCUCUACAGGUAAAAUUCCUUAUGUGGUAAAGCUUAAUCCAGAUGAAGAUAAGCAAAACAUACUCCUCGCGGGUAUGAGUGAUAAGAAGAUUGUUCAGUGGGAUAUGAACAGUGGAGAAAUCAUGCAAGAGUAUGAUCAGCAUUUGGGUGCAGUAAAUACUAUUACAUUUGUGGACAACAACCGGAGGUUUGUUACUUCGAGUGAUGACAAGUCCCUCCAUGUUUGGGAGUUUGGGAUUCCAGUUGUUAUUAAGCAUAUUAGCGAGCCUCACAUGCAUUCAAUGCCUUCUAUAUCGCUUCACCCCAAUUCAAAUUGGCUCGUGGCGCAGAGUUUAGACAAUCAGAUUCUCAGCUAUAGCACAAGGGAGAGGUUUCAACUCAACAAGAAGAAGAGGUUUGCAGGGCACAUAACUGCAGGCUAUUCAUGCCAGGUGAAUUUUUCACCUGAUGGACGGUUCGUCAUGUCUGGAGACGGUGAGGGCAGAUGCUGGUUUUGGGAUUGGAAGAGUUGCAAAGUCUUUAGAACUUUGAAAUGUCACGAAGGGGUUUGUAUUGGAUGUGAGUGGCAUCCAUUAGAGCAGAGCAAAGUUGCGACUUGCGGCUGGGAUGGCAUGAUCAAGUACUGGGACUAAGUUCAUUAUGGCACUGAACUGCUUGGUCUUACAUCCACAGAAGACAAUCGCUGACCGUUCAGAUAGAAAGCCUGUAUAAUCCAGCGGCAGUGUUGUAUGGACUCUACCCCAGACAUAUCAUUAUGGCAUGCUUGCGAUACCUUAGCCAGUCAUCAGUUAAGGCGAACUUCAUUUGUGCUGGCCCUAAAGCUCUCCAUCCAUUUUCUUGUAGUGGGGUUCACCUGGUUAAGUGGACUGGACAGCAACUAAUGAAUGAACCAGAUGCCACCCAAGUGUCAUGUUGGUGAAGGAUGUUCCCUUGACUGAGCUUAACAACUUUACAAAUAAUGAAUGAACCAGCACAUCCUGUCCUCAUGAGUGUGUGGUGAAGGCCGUUCCCUUAAACAGCCUAACAAUUUUACAGAGCUGAUUCUCAUGGAAUUUGUUUAUGCAAUGAGGGAUGCUCUUUUUUUUCAGCCAUGCUGCUGCAGACCCCAAAUGCAAGUCCACCCACCUGCAAUACUCCUUGUCUGAGGCAGUGAUAGAAAUGGGAAAUUCCGCAGGCGUCGUGUAGGGCCUGUUUGAUAUAUAUAUAUAUAGAAAAUAAAAAAUAAAAAAAGACAUUAUUUUCACCACUAA